AGGCCUAGUUACAUAAAAUAGGGGAUAACUUUAUCGAUUCGGGGAGUAACAACUACAUCUUAGAUCGUGGUAAUAAUUUUGGGUCUUCUCUAGUUAAUUCUAGUCGGUCAGUUUUGUUCCCAGUAACACAUUUACCACCUGAAGAAAUACUAGUUCACAAGAGGAGAUGAGACUACAGACAUAACUGCAAUAAUGCCAACAAUACCUGUUAGAUAUUUUGCAUCAAAGAAAAACGCAAAAUUAAUCCCUGUUUAUCAAACCGGAUAUUGAUUUAGAUUGAAUCAAUCAUUGAAAUUUUUACCUUAAAGGCAUUUUCGCCAUGUGAGUUGUAGGAACCCAUUCAUACGACCGCCUUUUUACCUUUUCAAGCAUCCGUUGUGAAAACAUAAAUUGGUCGUAGAGUCUGUCAGUGUCAUCCGUUUUUCUAUCCAUCAUCAUGAUGGCAAUUGACAUCUUCACUAUUCUGAAUACGGUGGCCAGCCUGUUCAAUGAAGAGCCGGCGAACACUGGUGCUAACAGCUGCUCCAUAUGUGACAGGAAGUCAGAGUGGAAUGUUUGUGACUGUACCUACACUCCAAAUCAACUCAUCUCAAGAAUAGACUGUUCGGGAAAAAGUCUGUCAUCCAUUCCCAACUGGCCUCAGAAAGGAUGCUCCACGGAAGAGCUGCGUUUAAUCGAUUUCUCAGAGAAUCAAAUCAAGAAAGUUGAAAGUGAAUCGUUUAAUCAUUUCAGAUGUCCAAAAAUGAAGAAAAAUCUCAUCACCGUAGACUUUACAAACAACCAGAUUGAAACAUUGGAAAAUGUAAACUUCAUGGCUUGUGUGGGUGACUUUAUUCUUCGAGGCAAUAAAAUAUCCUCAAAAUCAAUAGAAAAUCUACAGUUUAACGAAAUGACACGGCUGGUGAGUUUACAAAUGGGAAAUAACGAACUUCUCCGAAUUCCGAGCAAAACUUGUGAUGCUGAAAACCUGAACGAAAUUCACAUAGAGGGAAACAAAAUCAGGAGUUUCCGUGAGCUGGGGAACUUGAAACGUUGUGUGACCUUGAAACGAGUCGUCACUUCGCUUAAGGAAGUUCCGUGCUCGUGUGACACAAUCGGUCGAGUGAAUAACAAAAGUUUGCCCUUAAAAUUAUCAUCACACUUAGCAUCGCAUUCCGUAUCAAGAAAAUGGUCAUCUAACAGUCAGGACGUUAAAUGCAGCCGAGAGAGUAAGUUGCCGAACUCAGUUGGAAUUGUUGUGCAAAAAAUUUCCAGCCGUCUAAUUUCGGAUCAAUGCAAGUUUUCAUCGAGUCUGAGAAACUUCGCAGUUUUUAUGCUUCAACCAUGCUGCUUCAUUAUGAGAACUAUCUUUUUAUAUUAAAACAUUCUCUUAACUGUUUCCGUAUUUUAGAUAUACAUAAUUUUAAAAUAAAAUGAUUUUUAUUUCAAUAUUGAUUCAGA